UUCCCCUUUCCGCUCCCCCUCACCACCACCGUUCCAGUCCGUACGAUCUUCCGCCAGGGAGAAACCAUCAAGCAUGGCGAGCAAGCCAUCUUCGUCCUCUGCGCCUGCAUCCUCUCGCAAGGUCCAAGUCCAUAACAAGCAGCACUCACUGCGAGCAGUGUCCAAGAGCAAGCUCUCACAGCAGCAGAAGGAGAAGCGGCCAGCCGUCACUCCGGCCUCUUCCUCUUCCUUGCAGCCUAUAAGUGAGGACGGGCUUUCUCACGCUAGAAGUCAUGCCGCCGGUCAGUCCCACCCUUCGGGCAGUAGAGUAGCCCUGGGAAAGCGUAAAGAGGCCGACAGCUCAGGAGAUAAUCAAGCACAGAGAAGACAAGUAUUCAAGCAAGUUCUCGCCAGUCCGCUGACCGUCAACUGGCCUCAACUGGCCGCCGUAGAUGCUCAGCCGAUCCUAUACACGCUGCUAGAUAUGCUAGCCCUGCCCGCCCUCCGCUCUCAGAUCAGACGUGUGCAGCCCAUGCGCCCCGAUCGCAGAGUGAUGAGCAGGGGUGAGAGCAGGCGGGCAAGGAAGUCUGGAACGCAAAGUAGAGGGGAAACCCAAGCGAUCGGUCUAGACGUCUCGACAUCCGUUCAGAUGGAUGUGGACGAGGUUUCAUCGAGCGCAGGUGACAGUAGCGCCGAGCCCGUCGCGUUGGUAUGCGGCAUCAAUUCGGUCACAAGACACAUGGAGCUCGAGAUAGCUCGCGAGUCAUCCAAGAGGGGGCUUCAAGACGGCGAACAAGACUCAGCAGCAAGCGCAAGUCCUCUGCUUCUCAGUCUCGUCUUCGUCUGUCGGAGCGACCUCGACCCGCCCAAGCUAGCAUCUCAUUUUCCAAUGCUGACCUGCGCUCUCAAUGCAGUCUGCCAUCCUGCCUCCAGAGAGGGUGCCGCUGCUCUUCUCAUACCGCUUCCCGCAGGAGCAGAGCUUGUGCUUGCAAAGGCUCUCGGUCUGAGGAGGUGCUCUGCCCUAGGCAUUGCUACUGGAUCACUGCCACAAGAAAUCAGUCGAGCGUUGUCUGCUCGCAUCGCAGACGCCGGCCUACAGCCACUCCGAGCCGACUGGCUGGACACCGCCGCUGAUUCUGCUCUGCGGACAAGGGAGGCUCUCCUUACUCGCAGCGGGCUAAUCCCGAUGAUGUCAGGAAUAGCGCGCCCAAUGAGGUCCAACACAAUCGUCAAGAACGUGGCUAGCACUGCACCUGCGAACCUCAAUGAGGUCAAGCUGCAGAAGAAGCAUACGAGGAACGAGAAGAAAGCGUGGAGAAAGGCUGUCAAGAAAGCAGGACAUGGAGAGGGGCGGAAAAGAGUGAUAGAGGAAAGGAGACGGCGGAGGGAAGCGAGAAGAAGAGGAGACACUUCGAUGAUCGGGAAAGAGAUAGGAAAGAAGGACUUCAAAGCCAAGGAUGAUAAGGAUCAAAGCCAGACGAAAGCCACGUCUGUAAGCUCCCCCAUGGAAACUUGAAGGGACCGUUGCGACAAGAACAUACCGUAUAUGGACUCUUUACUGUACAUCAGAAAGGCGGAAUUGAUACCACUAAGAUAUACGCCCGAACUUCUUCGGUACGCGUAGACAAAUACAAGCUACAACUUAUGGCCCUGUCUCUUUGCCACCAGCUUGAGCUCCUCUC